GUAUUCCCUAUAUAAAGCCCGGAUAGAAAACAUGCAAUACUUUGAGCACUUUUUGACGUGAACACAGUGUAGUUAGCGCUACUGAAAGUAUAGAGAACAGCUAGCUAGAUCAGACGUACAUGCUAAGAGCUAAGUUGCUAUAAUCAGGUGCUAUCUAAUCAACCACAGGUGGUUAACAGGCCAUACAAAAGCUUGUGCAAUAGUCAAAGAACACUGAUAAGCAUUUAAAAUGGCUGACAAAUUGCCUACAAGAUUGCAAGAUGCUCUAAUUGCUCUGGAAGAGGGAAAUACAGAUACAGCUAUCUCCAUAGUGACUGGUUUAAAGCCACAAGCUGCUAAAUUAUGUACAGAGUUAGAGCAAGUGUAUGAGAAACUGACAGAAUUGGAAGAAUCGAUUAAGAACCGAGGACACUUUUUAUCGCAUCACGUCAAAGUUCUCGGGAAAAAAGAAAGAGAACUUAAAAUCUCACAGUCCAUUUCAGAGUCCAUACAACAUACACAGCACAAGAAGUUGCAGGCUACUAAAUGGCAACUUAUGAAGGCAAGAAAUGCCCUAUUUAUGGCUAAGAAAAAGCUGACUAGAAAGGAGAACGAAUUAAGUCUCCUUGAAAAAGGAAUGGUUCCAAUUUUCUGGACUGAUACUUCUCGAGAUAAUUUGAAAGCUACUGUACAAAAGAUACAGUGUGUUGUGGACAAGCUGAACAUUGAUUGCUCACAAAAAGAGAAAACUGUUCUUGACACACAACGCAAGAUAGCUGAACUAAAGCACAAGUUUGAACUAAAGACCAAAGAAACACAAUAUCUGAGAGAGCUAUACACAUCAACAGAGAACCGGGUAGAAAGAGUCAGAGUAGUGAAGGUGUGUGUGCAGCAAGCCAUCAAGUUAUGGACGCUCUGCAAGAAAGCCUUCGAUAAUGGACACAAAAGAGAAGACGUUUUAAAAUCCAUAGCAGGACAAGCUAACGAAAUCUGUCAAUUCAAUUCGGCAGCUAUAUCAUCAUCUAGAGGCUUAAUCGAUUUGCUACAAUUUACACCGCAAUGUCUGCUAUGCUGCAAGCUCGUGCCCAACACUUACAGUACAGCAAGUUUCAAGUGUGAGCAUUGUCUAAGAAGGGACGAUACUGUACAGACGAAGGUCAAGGUUCAAUCGUUCACCUGCACAGAACACGGUUAUGUCACAGGAACUAUCAGAGUGUGUAAUCUUGCCUACGACAAGCAAGUGCUAGUACGCUAUUCGCAAAAUGGCUGGAAAAUCAGCGCUAAUAACGAGGCUUGUUACAAGUCGAGUAGCGGAGAAUUGGAUCAAUUUCAGUUUCAAAUCCCCUUCAAUAUUUCUCUCUCCCAUUAUUUAGAGUUUGCCGUAUGCUAUCGAGUAUCAGGAGGAGAGUUUUGGGAUAAUAAUGAAGGUCGGAAUUAUAGAGUUAUCUUAUGAUUUAAAAUGUUGUGUACUAUAAUAUUAUCGCACACUGUUUAUACUGUUAAUUGAUUAAUUUCAUAAUAAACAUCCUUCAAGUACAUACUCUGUUGCUAUAUAUCGUUUACUCUUGUUGCUACACACUGCGCCAGGAGUGCACUGCUGACUGUACAUGUACUGUCCAGUGCAGGAAGUAUG